AUGUUGUAAGAACUAGGAAAAAAUGAAUUUAACUCUAAGUAUAGAGAUUGUACAAUGAGCUAAAAUAAACUCUUCACUACUUAUUCAAUUUGCAAAAAAGGAAAAGACACAUAUUGGAUAAAAUAAAGAAUCAUAAAAGGAGAAUUUGCAGAUUAAUUUCUAGAAGAAAUCAAAAAAGAAAUUUAACAAUAAUGUUUAUUUCAUAAAAAUUACCCAAAGUCAACUUUAUAAAUUUAAGAUUUCACUUCAUACAGAGAUGAAAAUAAUUCUAUUGUCAUUAAAAUCGCAUAUCUCAAUGAUGAUAAAUGUAUACCUAUUUUAGAUUAUGCAAAAACAAUUUAGAAUGAUUAAAAGGGAUUAGAACUGAAAAAUAGAUUAAGUUCUUAAUUAUUAGAGAUUUUAAAAAAUCUAUUUUCUUCGAAUAUUUCACACUUAAAUAUUAAACCUAAUAAUUUAUUAUUGUUAGAUUUGGAGGUUUUCUUAACUGAUUUUGGAAGUAAUAGAACAUUUUAUUAAAAUUACAUAAAUUAAUUUACUAGUAGAGAAGAGUAGUAAUGGCAACGUGAAUACUACUAUUAUAAUCCUAAAGAUGUAUUAGAUAUAAUCAAAAAUGAUAUAGAUUAUGAUCUGAGAACUGAAGAAUUGAAAAAAUUCCAAAUAUCGAUUAAUUAAGAAAACAAAUCAAGAAAGAUUGAAACAAUACUUAAUAAUGGUUUAAAUACCUCUGAUUUAGAUUCUUGGGCAAUUGGAAUAACUAUAAUUUAAAUAUAUCUUCCUGAGGAAAUUCAAAGAGAUUUAAAUUCCUUCUUUGGAAUGAAUAACCAAAAAUUAGAUCAAAAAAUAUAAGAAAUUAUCAAAAUUGACUCUAAAAUUGGUAAUCAGUUAAAAGAUUUAUUUUAUUCUAAUAAAAUUUAAAAACCUACAUUACAAAAUAUUAAUUUAUCUCAAAAUAUUAAUUUAUCUCAAAUUAUAAAUAUUUAUAAUUAGAAAAAUAACAAAGUAGUCAACCCUCCUUUAAAUAAUAAUGUAUAAAAAAUUGUAAAAGAAAACUCAGCAUUAAUUGAAAUACCUCAAACCCAAGUAAUAAAUAAAAAUAAUGAUUAAAACAAAAUAGUAUUUUACCAUAACGAGUUUAUUUUAAAAUUAUAAAACUUUAUGCUUAAAUUAGAAGGACAAAAAAUUCCUAAACUUAAAGAUUUUUUAGAAGAAAUGAACGAGGAUUUAAAACUUUAAAAAUUUUUGGAUUUCCAUGAAUUGUUAUAACUUGAUAUUAUGGAACUUUCAAUUUAUAUAAAAUAACUUAAUGAAAUUUUGAGAAAUUAUAAUGAAUAACAAGAUAAGAAAAAUUUGAUUGAACAAAAUAUAUUUCUGGCUGAAAAUAGGUGUUUGGCAUUAGAAUAUUACUACAAAAAGGAAUAAUCAUAAGAAAAUAAAGGUUAAAAGGAAGAAUUACCAGAAGAAAACAUAAUUUACUAUUAUAAUAAAUCAGAAUUAACCAUGAUUCAGUACAUGAAAAAGUUUUAAAUUCCAUUAGAUGAAACAGAUAGAAAAAAAAAGAAAUAAGACGAAUACUUUUCAUUUUAAAAGAUUAAAGACUUAAUUAAAUUAAGAAAAAAAGAAAUGAAACUUGAGGCAAAUAUUAGUAUAAUUAUGGGUAUGGAAUAAUAAAAAAUAACAUCAAUUUAUUAUCUACAAAAAUAUACAAAUAAAAAUUAAUAGAUCUUCGAUGAUAAGUUAUUAUAAAAAAGAAAAUUUGGUUAUGAAAUAUUUCCAUUUAACAGAUAAUUAAAAACUAGAACUAAGGUUAGAGAUUAUAUUAAAUUUAAGAAACCAGAAUAUUUAUUGACAUAAAAAGAGUUUGAUUCUAUAUCUACAAAAAUAUAAAGGGAAUAUUAGUAAGCAUUAUAUAGUUGUUUAGAUAAUUUAAUUAAGCAAAAAGCAAAAUAAGAAGAAAUUAAGAAAUAAAUAACAGUAAUCAAUGAAAUUUUUCCAUAUCUCAAAUUUACACUUAAAAGCUCAUAUAUAAAAUUGAUUUUAUAAUAUGAUAUGUUGCCAUCAGGAUUAAAUAAAUAUGUAACUACAUAUUUCAAACAAAAAUUCAGCUCUAUUUUGAAAGUAAACCUUUAAUAUUUUGAAUAUUUAAAAUAAUUUGAUGAAAUGAAAUUUUUGGAAACUUAUAAAGGGUUUUUAGUAAAUGAAAAAUAUCAUGGUUUAGGGUUUAGAAAAAUAGAUGAAAAUACUUUGUAAUUUGGAAUAUUUAAUUAUGGAUAAUUACUAUGGGGUUGGGAAAUAGCCUAAAAUAAUUAAUCAAUUAAUCUAUAUAAAGGAGAAUUCAAUAACUCUAAAUAAGUUAGAGGAAUUCAAAAAGUAUUUAAACCAGAAACUAUUGGAGAUAGUUGUUUCUAUGAAUAUACCCAAAAAAAAACAUUAUUAUUUGAAAAUAAUCAAUAUGUUACAUCUGAAAUAGAAAAAGGAUUUAAAUAACUAAUUGAAUAAAAUAAUAUCUAAAAGAAUGGAUAGUAAACAAUAGUUGAUAAUAAAUAAUAUUAAUCAUUAAAUUAGGCUAAUUAUUAAAAUUGA